GUCAACCUCCAAGGCCUCAAAACACUGCUAUUCACACAAAUCUAUCUUACGAUAACCUUACUGCUGGCCAAAAAUAUGAAAGUUUAACAGAAGGUACAAAUCCGUUUGUCAGUACACCAGAAACAACGAAUCAGGAAGCACUUCCAUUCCCGGCCUUCAUUUUAUCAGGAUCUCCUUUUCAAUAA